AUGCCUGGUGCACAUAACAAAACUACAGGGGACGACAGUUAUGUCUAUGUCUCAAGAUCUGAAUUCAAAAAUCUGGCACCCUGCCCCAACUGUAAUCAAAAUGUUACAAGGCUGGGCUCCAGGAAACAGGAACCUGGCAGAGUGUUCACUAUCCUAUACAAAACAAACACCCAUGAUGUGACGAGCCCGGUGCAGGACGGCCUGCACGACGAGUGGUUCGGGCUGGCGCCACUGGCCACCCCCGAGUCGCUGUCCGAGGUGUCGAGCAUCAGCUCGCGCGCCAGCUGGCUGCUCGCCGACGGCCCCGCGCCGCCCCCCUUCGCGUCGGCGCGUCAGACGACGGCGACGGCCACCUCGAGCGACGACUGGGAGCGCACCAGCGGCCGGCGCACCUCCAGCGAGGCCUUCCUCAGCGUGCGCGGCACGCCCUCCUCCUCCGACGACUCGGUGACGGCCACUGUGGAGGUGCACCGGCCCCGCGAAUGCCCGCAGGGCGUCGCGUGCUCCGACUCGCCAGCCGCCGUGUCGCUGCCGACGCCCGCCAGGUGUUUGCAGCCUUCGCCGCUGCCACCAGCCGGCGCCACCGUCGCCAGGAUCGCCUCCGCCGCUGACGUCACGGCGCCCAACUCUGUGAAACAGGUGAAAUUUACCCACAAGCACAGAGGGAGCACCGUGACUGCCAGCGCUGUGAGGCAGGCCGUCAACUGCGACCGGGCGGCGCGGGGCGACCGGCUCGCUAGCAGUAGCGCCACAGAUUUCUCACAGCCAGAGACACUCGACAAUGACCCCUGCCACUCAGAGAGCAAUAACAAUGAUGACAGUGGGAAGGUGGUAGGCGGCCGCCACACGCAGCAGAACUCGGCAAGGUCGACACCGGCAGUGGUGCGGUCGCGGCGCGACUGCCGGUCCGACCGCCGGGCUCUCGAGUCGCUGCCGUUGCUGUCCGGCAUCGCCGCUGGACCGGACGGGGUUCCCCCCUACCCGCGCAAGAAGUACACGUACCCCAUUACUGCCGUCGGCAAGGGCGAGAGCAGCGUCUGAGGCCUCCUGCUGACGCUGCACAUCGAGUGUUUACGCUUUCUCCUUUGACCUCGUGAACAGAACUGGAAUGCCUGUCGAGCAGUGUUUCUCACUUCGUCAUUACAAAAGUAAUUGGAGAUAAGAUGAAACGAUAUCAUUUAUCUCUUGAGACUGAGUAAUUCUGAUCUUAAUAUAGAUGAUAACUGAAAUCUGUAAAAUACAGAGUGCUGCUGUAUGUCAAAGUAAGUGCAGUGAAGUGCUAUGUGACAUUCUCGUUGACAUGUGAAUUGUAUCAGUAUUUUUACCCUGUUCUGUUAUUAGCAGUCUUCGUGUAUUUCUCUGCUUGUGAUGUCAAGCAGUGUGUGGUUGUUCCCCUCAGAGAAGCAGAAAUGUUUUUAAUAAAAACUAACAAGAAUUGUCUUAUUUAGUGUGACACUAUAUCAGAUGUAUUUUUAGAUAUUUGACUGAAAAUAAUGGUUUCUCAAGAUAAAGCAAGUCUAAGAUACUGCUGGUGCAUUGAAAAGUGAGAUUUUGGCUUUGUACUUAUAAUCACUCUCACUUUAAAAAAUGGCUUAUUUGCAGGACUUUUCUAUUAUUUCUUUCAGAAUAAUAUGCAUGAUUACUUGCCAUUUGUGACUGUGAUGGAAUGAGAGAUAGGUUGAGCUCUAGGUACACAAUUGAAUGAAUAUGCCUGGAGACAUCUGUACCAUGUAAAAAUGGUUUUUGUAACUGUUAGAAAACGUAAGAAUGAUGAAUCUGUUAGAACCAAUUGAAAGAGUGUGUUGUGCCCAGUAAGAAAAUAAGUGAAAUGACUUGACAAUUUUCAGAAAUCUGUAACCAGCACCGCUCACCUCUGAAGAAAU